CAAGAUGCGGAAUGUCGAACGCAAUUAUAUGGAAAAGGUGUCCAAGGAUCAUGAAAAAGCCAUGCUGGAAUUGGAGGCUAGGAGAAAGGAACUUUCGUCCCGUGAAGAGAAUCUGCAGAAGCGUCAAGCAGAUAAUCAUAGUGAGAGAAAUAAGCUAUACCUUGAGAAGAAAAAUAAUGAGAUGGCCAUAGCAGAGCAACAAAAGGCUGACGACAAAAUGAUGCGUUUGGCUGAAGAACAUCAGGCACAACUUUCAUUUUCCUUUUAUCUGCAUUAGUUAUUUAAGUUGCAUGUAUUCACU